AUGGUUUGGGUAGAUGAAAGGGUGUUGUUGUUUUUGAGUGGUGAGGUUGGUUGUUGGUUGUUGGUUGUUGUUGUUUGCAGUGAGAUGGUCAACAGCCAGACACUCUCUUUGGAGUUGAAGUGUGGUCAAGAGGAGCAAAAAGUUGAUGAAGGGAGAGGGAAGGGCGGAAGGCCGAAGAAGGAAACGGGGGCGAGGGCCACACUCCAUCCGGAGUAUCCACACCACAGCGUGGCGGUGUCUGAUUUGAUAUGCAUCCCCCCAUUCUGGAGCUUCAAACGCCAUUUAUUACGUAAUCAUCCUCACCCAUUAUGGUGCAAUCUCCGGGUCACACUCGACCGGGGUCGGGGGUUUCUCCCUUGGGACGGGGGGGAUGACUUGUUUAACUUGGGCUUGCUUUUUUUCAAACCUGCAAGCAAGUCACACUAUGCAACCCUACAACAGAAUUGA